AUGAUAUAUUCAUUUUGGAUUUUUGAUAAACAUUGCAACUGUAUAUUUGAAAGAGAAUGGACUCUAGGUAGUAACACAAAUAAUCCCAAUGCUCUGAGUAGUGGCACUAUAAACUCAAAACAAAAUGAUGAGAUAGGGAAGUUAUUAUAUGGGAUGAUAUUUUCUUUGAACUCAAUUACUCAAAAACUAUCAACCUCAAUAUCUGACAAUCAAAUAAACAAUAAUAUUAGAUCCAUAUCUACUGGUAAAUUUAGAAUUCAUACGAUGCAAACAGCUACUGGUCUUUGGUUUAUUUUGAUAACAGAUUUUAAACAACAAAACUAUUCACAAGUAUUACAUUACAUCUAUAGUCAUAUUUAUAUUAAACAUGUGGUUCAUAAUUUUCUUUCGCCAUAUGAUUUUGCAUUGAAUCCAAAAGAACAACGAGGUCAAGGCGUUAAAAAGAUUAAUAAUAGACAUUUUAUCAACACUUUAGAGGCAUUCUUGCAACCAAUGUUGAAUUAA